AUGUUCAGAACAAGUCUACGUCAGUUCAGCAGUUGCAGGGUCUCUAGAAACAUUAUCUCUGAUCUAUACUUGAAGGAAUUGAAGAGUGUGAAGGUUACUCCAUUCUCCAUGAAGGAUGCUGAAGGCAAUGUGAAGCCAUGGAGUCCUCCAGCCAAGCCACAAGCUCCUCAGAGCGAGCUUACUUCCGGCAACGACCUGUUGAAGAGUUACAAAGAGGAACCAGUCGAGACUUUGCACACACAACCAGCAGAGACAGAAGGCGCUACACAGAUCGAAGAACACUGGCUAGUACUAUCUGAAGAAGAACCAGCUCACUAA